UAUGCAGUUUGACAUGUGAUCACACAUGUGACGUGUGAUGUGUUUACGUAGCAUAGAUUUUUUUUUUUUUCUAUGUGUGUUUAUAUUUGUCAACAUGUCUUUAGAAAAUAGUACUCACCUAUUAUAAGUUUAUUUACUGUGAGAAAAAAUGGAACAAGUGGCGAAAAUCAAUAUUUUUGAAUUAUCAUGCUUUUGAAGUAUCGGAGAGAUUAAUUAUAACUACAUGAAAAAGAAACGUGCGAGAGACUUACAAAUAAGAUCGUUGGUUCCAUCUGAACAAAGUUUCAACAUGGUAAUUUCGUUUUGAUAGAGAAGCUCAUUCAGCCAUUUAUUACAACAUUCUGCACAAUUUAAUUCACACGAAUCUACAAUCUACGAAAGUAUAGAAGAGAUUGAGAAGUUGAAAAUUGACAAAUCGUCUGCACAUCGACAUUUAAGAAAGUCUUGAAUGCAGUUUGGAACUUAAUAUUUGGAUGAAUCUAUCAAGAAAAAUAAAUUUACCAGGAGAAUUCAAUAAUUAUUACAAUAGAAACUUGUUUCAUAAGAUAUAACUUGCCAUAUUUCUUUAUUUAAAGUGAAAAAUGGAUGUUGUUAGUCCUACUCCUCAAGAUCUACAGAGGAAACUUUAUUUUCUGGUGGAACAGUUGCAGCAUAUGGCUGGAGAGCUCCCACCAAAGUAUCAGAUGCGUCUGCCAUACGAAUUACUGUCUGGUUUAGCAAAUUCAUUAUUAAACGAUACCAUCUUUGAGAUAGUGAAGGGACUAAUGGAAAUACAGCAUGUCACAGAGAAACACCUCUUCCAACAACGACUUCAGCUUUUGAAUCAACAAAAGAUUGAGUCUCAAGAGACGUUAUUGUCUGCGUCAGCGACAGACGAAGAGCUAUUGGCAAUAAAAGCAGCUCUGCACAAGAAGCACAAGGAGGAAUUGAAGCAAUUGGACAUGAAAUUAGUGUUGCAAUUGGAUCAAAAAGUGGCAGACCAGCAGGGCAUACUAGAGAAGGCUGGAGUACCUGGAUUCUAUGUGACUAACAAUCCAAUGGAGAUUCAAGUGCAAAUGAGACUGUGCGAUUUCAUAAUUAGGCUCAGCAAAAUGGAUAUACCCACUUGAUAUAGAUAUAUAGUCACUAUUUAUCAUUUAUCUUAUAUAAUAAUAAGCAUUUGUCAUUAUUUUUUGUUAUUACUAUUUAUACUGAUUAUUAUUUGAUAUUUAAUUCUGAAGAGGGAAGAUUGUGAAGAUUUAUUAUAAAAUACUUUAUUUAAGUCAAGUUCUUAUUUAAAUACAAUGCAAUAUUCUACAUAUUUUAUUAUAUUAACAAGUAUUAACACACUAAAAUAUACAGCCGUCAACUUAGUAUAAUAAAUAAUUAUUGUAUCAUCUAUAUCUAUAUAUGAUACAAUACUUUUUUUUAUAAUAGAAAAGUAUUCCUGAGAAUUACAUAGAUAUCAUAUAUGUGAUAGAGAAAAAUUAAUUUUUAACAAUGAAAACGUAAGUUGUGUACUGAAAAGAUAUAAUAUCCUAUAUAAUAUUUAAAAAAAAAGUAGUAGAUCUCUCUAAUAAGUUUCUUACACAAAGUAAUAUAAUAAAAGAAAUUUUUUUCUCCUUUUAAGAUAUUAAUUUUUUUUUUUAAAUUAUAACAUUGUAUUUAAUAAUAUAUACACAUAUUAUUUAUAAAUAAAUAUAAGUAAUUAUAUCACUAAAAUAAUUGCUUAUUGUUCAUAGAGUAAUAUUCGUGUUAUUUACAAAUAUAGAAAACACUUUGAGGGUAUAUCCAAAUAUACCUAUACUCCUA